AUGUCCAAAGUAUUACUAAAACUAAACACUUUACCCUGUUUAGGGGGGUACGAAAAUGCAUUCGCCUUAUUCAUCAGAAAGGGGCACCACUUAAGGGGUAAACCUCCAGGGGUUGCCAAAUCUUUACAACAAAAACUUUCAGAAUUAAACAUCAAAGACCCUUCUGUCCAUUAUAAAGUCGACAUUGGACUACCUCCGGUCCAAGUUUCUAGGGCACAACAAGUCCAAGAACGUUUGGACCAUUUAAAACAGCAACGCAACGAUAAGGAGUUGGAAAGGUUGUCUCGUAAUAGAAAAUUAAUUGUUAAUUUGGAAGAAUCCAAUAAGGAUUGGCUUGCAACAGUAGGGCCUCAGCAUUUGAGAAAGAUUGCUGAGCAUUAUGGGGUAUUUAAGGAUUUAUUUGGCGAUGCUUAUUUUUAUCCACAAGUGCCUCUAAAUAUACUCUAUGAUACAAAUCAGGUUUAUUAUGGUAACAUAAUCAAGCCUGAAGAUGCUUCUCAAACGCCUCAAGUCACUUUUGAUAGUGAUAAUGAUAGUUUUUGGACACUAAUAAUGACCAAUCCUGAUGGGCAUUUUAGUAAUAAUGAUAAGGAAUAUGUGCAUUGGUUUGUUGCCAACAUACCUGGAAAUAAAAUCCAAAAUGGGGAAACUAUUGUCGAAUAUUUGCAGCCUUUUCCUCCAAAAGGCACUGGCUAUCAUAGGCACAUUUUUAUUUUAUACAAACAUUCAAAGAAAUUAGACUUUUCCCCUUAUAAAACCCAAGGAUUAACUUUGACUGAUAGAACAUUUAACACAUAUGAUUUUUAUAAGACUCUUCAAGACAACAUAACUCCUGCAGGUCUAGUAUUUUUCCAAUCAGAUUGGAGCCCGAGCCUAAAAACCUUCUACCAUAAUGUUUUAAAAAUGAAAGAACCAAUUUAUGAAUACGAUUUUCCCGCACCUUACAUCCGCCCUCAAGAUUGGUACCCCAAAAGAAAACCCUUCAACUUAUACUUGGACAAAUAUAGAGACCCCAAAGAAAUAAACAAGGAAUUUUUGAUGAGGAAAUUGAAAAACAUACAUCCGUUUAAGGCACCUAAACCUGAACCACUUUACCCCAAUGCUCAGUUCAUAGACAAAGAUGUACCAAGUUGGUUGAAAACUGAAAUCAAAAAAUCCAGGCUGAAAUGGGGCAGAAUUAAUGAAAUUGAAUAA